GUUUCCUUGCUGCUUGUCGUGUGCGCUGGCUGUGAUAGGGAACAGCUUAGAGUUUUGCACCACACACCCACACCACUGCGGACGGGAGGCCUCUGCUGCGAUAUACUCAACGAGGUUAUCGACCAAGCGCAAGCCCUAUUGCGCGUGUUUGACUUGGAGACUGCUGGCCUUUUCGUCAACCUGCACUGGACUGGUCGCCUAAUUCUCGGCGCAAAGAGCACAUAGCACCCACGUAAUGGACCCGAACAAGGCCGUACCAGGCUAUCCCGCUGGACCUCCGGGCUACCCGCCCCAACCGGGCUACCCACCCCCGCCCGGCUACCCCUCGGCGCAAUCCUACGGGGGCCCACCCGGCUACCCCCCUCCUGGCCCCGGGUAUGGUGCCCCGCCGGCCUACCCCUCGCCCUACAGCGCCCCUCCUGGCUACCCGCCGCAGGGCCCGCCGCCGCCGCCUGGCUACCCCGGUGGUUACCCGCCCCCCGGCCCUCCCGGGGCGUACGCGCAGCCGGUGUACAUCCAGGGGCCCGGCCCCUCGGGUCCCUCCCACCACUACAACCAGCACCACGGCCACCACUCCGACGACAGCGCCAAGUGGUGCUGCGGCUUGGGCGCGCUGGCGGCGCUGUGCUGCUGCUGCCUCAUGCUGGACUAGAGCAGGACAUGCGGCCUGGUGUGGUGCGGCGCGGCGCGGGGCGAGGCGUGGCGGGCGGGCGCGUGGGCGAGCAAGCAGGAGCAGUGAAGGCGGGACGGCACGGGCCCCUGUACUGCACCAGGUACAGCUAGGUGCCUGAGUUGCGUCAACUGCGUAGCCUGCGCGUCGCUUGGCUGCUGGUCUUUACAGUUUACGGCAUAGUUACGAGCAUGAUGACGAUGUGCGCCCUCUGGAAGCGCCGGAGAAUGACGCGGUGACUGUGUGACCUACCUGUAUUGGACGAAGUGGCGACCACACACGUACGACAACGGGGUGUUUGUCUCAUACUGAUUGAUACUGUAUGCACAUCAUUGCUGCGAGUGUGUCUGUUUGUUUCUGGGUGGCUGCCCGGGGAAGUUUUGUCGUUUUGAGGGCUGGCUAGAUUGGGAGGCUUUGAACGUACCCGUAUAGUGGUGUGAAAACGCACAUGGUUUGAACGUCAGCCAGCAACAGUGCUUGCUGGCGGCUAAUUUGUGACCUAACCUGCUUACCAGCGCGCACGACGGACGACGCUGUACAACAUGCAAACCCUGAUGGAGCGAGAAGCCGGUCGGUGCCCCGGCCUUAAGGCACUGUUGGUGGUGGGUUCUGUAAUAACAUCCGUAA